AUGGCCACUGCGGCAGGGGUUCACCACUUACCACCAGAGACCGUCGGCAAUGUCAUUUCGUUCCUACCACAGGCUGAUAUCAAGAAUCUGCGACUCGUCGACCACAAACUUUCGCCGUUGGCCACACAAUGGCUGUUUCGCCGCACACGAUUGCUCGCCCGAGCCAAAGACAAUAAUAACACCCGACGUUUCAUACAACUUGCUGAUUCUGAGUUGAUUGGAUAUGUCCGCAAAGUCAUCUGUGAUGUUUCCAGCAUAGUACACAAUGGAUUUUACUAUGUGGAAGAGAAGAAUCUAGAGCCCCUUCCUGUCUUUUGGGAUGCGUUACCGCUUCUCGCCCGUUUCCGAAAUCUUCAAACUCUCCAUUUGUGUUUCGAUGCCAACCUCGAAACACAUGAUCAUAUGGGCUCAAACGAAUUCAGAAAGAGGGUGAUGAAGACUGUUUUUCGCAUUUUGACAGGAACGUUCAAUAAAACUAACACCGAGGUACUUUCCCGUGCCACAAUCAAGAUACCACGCCCAGGUGAUCUAUCACCUCCGAUUACUCUAUCUACUCUCAUAAUUUCCAACCUAGGAGAUUGCCAUGAUCCGGAACUCUCGAUUAUGCCUGAAUUCAAAGCCGUCUUAAGCAGGAUCAAGGCCUUAAGGCUUGACAUAGCGCAACACAAAGGAUGGGCUAUGAGAUACUUCACAGAUACAACUGCAGUCCCAAAUCAAUGCCAGGAAGCAUUUACUCAGCUAUCUUUUACUUGGCUUUCCUCGACCAUCGCUGCCAAUCUACAGGUCCUCUCGCUGCAUUAUGAGUCAUAUUGGGGCUGGUUCCCUAACAUUGAUAUUCGUCGAAUCGGUGGCGGAAACGGAAUGCCCAAGCUCGGAAGCCUUGCUUUGGGGCGCUUUGUCUUCAGUUAUCAACGUGAGGUAGACUGGAUUACCUCUUUGGAUCUUGAGGAGCUUUUUCUCGAAGGUUGCGCCAUCCUAGCCAAACACGUUGGCCACCCGACCACGCAGCAGGACCUCUGGACUGAUGGCCACGAGUUGCCUGCAACGACUAAGAUUGGUGGGGAGGAGGAGAGGACUAACUUAUGGUGGCAUGAGAUCAUUUGGCAAAUUCGCACCUCUAUGCCAAACCUGAAACGAGUUUGCAUCGUUGGCAAGCCGGGCCUUUGUUAUCAUUAUCAACAAUUUCAUCCAUCCAAAAGCCUUCACGAUUCCGAGCUUUCUCCUGACGAGGAAUUGAGUCACGAACCAAGCCUCUGGCAACAAUUUAUAGGCCUCAGCAAAAAGAACAUCAUGUCUUGCGAAACGGCGUUUCAGCACUUUACAUGUGCCACGUAA